AUGGAAGUUGUGGAUAGUAAAAAAUCUCAUGCCACCCUAUUUCUUGGCAUCCAUGGAAUGGGAGGCAUUGGUAAGACUACUCUUGCUAAAGCCAUCUACAACAAGCUUACCAAUCAAUUCAAGCACCGUAGCUUCAUUGCUGAUAUAAGGGAAUCAUGGAAGCGUAAUGGCGGACAUUACUUGCAGAAUAAGUUAAUCUAUGAUAUAUUGAAGCGCGAAAAUGAAGUUCGUGAUGAGAAUGAAGGGACUAACUUUAUUUCCUCCAAGUUUGAAGGUAAAAAGGUCCUCCUCCUUCUUGACGAUGUGGAUGAUGUCGUUCAAUUGAAGCAUUUGGCUGGUGAGCGUGAUUGGUUUUCUUCGGGAAGUAUGAUCAUUAUUACCACCAGAAACAAGAGGAUUCUUCAAGAAUUUGGGGUGGACUAUGCCUAUGACCAUAAGGAAAUGGAUAAAGAUCAAUCUUUGAUUCUAUUUAGCAAACAUGCAUUCCGAAGGGACUCUCCUCCAAGGGAAUUUGAUUACCUCGCUCAUGAAGUUAUAUCCAUCACCAAAGGGCUUCCCUUAUCCCUUGAGGGAACAGGAAAGAUUGAGGCCAUUGAUCUAAGUGAAGGUAGCUCAAAAGGCUUCGGUGAAAUAGUUGAGCGAGAUGACAACAUUUACAUAGGAGAACAAUUCAAGACUUUGACAAGUCUAAGAUUCCUUCACAUGGAGAAAGGGGCACAUCUCAGUGGAGAUUUUAAGAACUCAAUGGAGGAGUUAAAAUGGCUUCGAUGGCCAAUAUGGCCCAUGAAUUUUGCAAUUGAAGAGCAGGUCGACUCUUCAAUUGGAGGCAUGAAGGCCCUCCUUCGCUUGGAGUUGCGCCUCUGUGACGGCCUCACGAAGCUUCCGGAAGAAAUAGGUGAAUUAAAGGCGCUGGAGCAACUCCUCCUAGAAAACACUCCAAAACUUUCUGCAUUACCGUAA